AUGUCAACAUCAUCAUCCCCUGCAAGGGGCCAAAGCCAAGGAGAAAAUGAGCCCGACGUUCUUUUUGCAUCAGAGAAGCGCGGGGGUGAUCUCGUGCCCUCAAGCCCCCAGACAAAUGAGAAUCAGAUUCCUCAAAGAUCGGAAGUUAUGCAGAAAGUUGUGCAAGAAGCGAUUAUACUCGCUGGAGGCGCCGUCGCUAUUUUGCUCCAGGUAGCUGAGCCUGGUGUUGGAAAGGGGGUGGAUAACCAUAGCAAUUUCGCAUACCGACCAAUUGAUCGCCUUCGCACAACAAUGACCUACAUUUACUGCAUGGUCUACGGAACUGAGACAGAGAAAGAAUUGAUCAUAAACUUUGUCCAUAAAGCCCACGCCGCCGUCCAGGGCCAGGAUUAUUCUGCCGAUGACCCCAAGCUUCAGCUAUGGGUCGCAGCCACCUUGUACGCAGUUGGAACCGAUAUCUAUCAACGCAUAUUUGGUCAAAUGACCGAGGAAGAAAGCGAGAUCAUUUAUCGCGAGUAUUCAAUCUUGGCAGUCUCACUUCGAGUUCCUCCCUCCCUCUGGCCUGAAACCAGGCAAUCCUUCUGGCAAUACUGGGACCAUAAGAUCGAGACUAUUCAAGUCACUGAUCACGCCAGGAGAGUUGCUGAGGAUCUACUGCGAAACAAGAAAGUACCAUUCGCUCUUCGCGCUGUCCUUCCCCUUGUUCGCCUCACUACCACCGAGAUGUUACCGCCCAGACUCCGUGAUGCAUAUGGGUUGAAAACCAGCAGGCUGAGGACAUUCACAUAUCGUGUUCUCCUUGGGAUGACAAGAGUCACUUAUCCUGCCCUUCCUCGAAGCGUGCGCACCUACCCAAUGCGGUAUUAUUUGAAGGAUAUGCGAAAGCGCCUUCAGGAUACACCGCACAAAGGUUGA